CUGCUGCACCGAGCUCAUCCAUGUCGACUGUGAAGUCGAAGAAGGAGGGUUCUAAGGCCCCGAUUCCCCCUCCCACCAUGGUUGCUGCCGGCUCAACGACGACGAGGUCACACACCCAGGAGCAGAUGAAGAAAGUCUCUCGUCGCGCCAGCAAGCCGAUCAUCAACUGGUUCCAACGAAAGCUUGCGGGCACCGUUCGCACUCGGAGGGUGUCCGAGUCGCAGAGGUAUGGUGCGCCAUCGCCGCGGGGAAAGGAUAAGCACAAUCGACGUUCAUCAGUCCCAAUGGCCCCUCCCCUUGCCCUCCAACCCCGAGCUCGUAGCAAUACCACCGGCUCCAGGCAGACCAGGGCGCACAGCCUUCGUGGCACAAUCUCACUCAACGAGACAGAUAGUGCAGACAGCGCAGACAGUGGCUCGUUCCGCAGCGCAUCAGAUGACGGUCUCAACCUGUCUGUUGCUCGCGAUUCGCUCUAUUCGCCUACGAGCCACCUAGAGGCGGAUGAAGACGCAUCGGUGCGCCCUCUUCCCCCCAGCUCUCCUCCCUCUCCGUCCCCAUCUCGCUCUUCCUCGUCGUACCUCUCGCACUCGCGUACAUUCCGGAGCAUGGCUGCGAGCACGAAGCCCACGACGCUGCUCAGUGUCGACCUCACGGGGGGCAUGGCCCACAUCGCUCAGGCACCACCUACUCCAACUACUCCCAGCAUUCGAAUUCCACCCAAUAUCCGUACGCAUUCGUCCGGCCUAUCUGCCGGUUCCGUCACAUUCUCGGCCAUCCUCCCGCCCUCGCCCACUCAUCCGUCUCGACCUUCAUCUGGUAACUCCGGAGCUGCAGGCUCCCGUGGUCCAUCACUGACGGCCCCGCUCUAUACGGCCCACCAUCCGCGUAACAACCCACGCCCGUCCUCCCCACCUCCUGACGACGCAUCCGUACUAACGCUCGCCUCGUCUGCAUUUGGAUUCCCUGGGGCUCGCUUUGGGGCGGGUGCACUUACCUUGUCGGGACGAGGGUCGAUCGCGGAUGACUCGGUCUCCCAGUGGAGUAAUACCGCGGGUGUCACGGAUAGCACGAGCCACUUCAUGAUGGGCGACCUCGAGGAGGGCUUAGGGGAGGAGCGGUAUACCGACCACGAUGUCGAUGCUAGCGUGCGUGCGCUGCGUCCGAGAAGCUCGCGUCGCGGCAGCUGGGAGAGCGCGACCAGCGGGUGGAGCGCGAAUGUCGCGCUGCCGAGCCCGGCUGGGGUGCCGAGCCCUGGUGUCAGGAGCAAGAGCAUGUGGGCAUCUGGCAGCUACAGGACGGGCGGCUUGAGCACGGAGGACGGAUUCGGGGGUAUGCAUGACGAUGGGGAGGAUGACCUGGAUGCAGGCGAAGACACGGAGAUCGACUCGCCUCCGAAUGAGGUCACCGAAACUGAGUCGGAUGCGCCGACCAACCAGAGUGUUACGACCGUCGACGCGGCUGAGAACGAGCCGGAGGCGGAGAAGCAGGCGGUCUCGGACGAAGUCGUGACUUCUAAGUCGCAUCUCCCUGGGCAGCAGGCGCGUGUCCCGCCCGACCUGGCGUCCACCGUGACUCUCCCUGGAUCCAAGGUCGCCUCGGAGACCCCGUCGCUUGAGAAUACGUCCAUCGACGGAAACAGGAGCGGUGCAGCAGCGCCCACGAAGCCGGACACUGAGCCAGUCGAGCUCGCCGCUGCGACAGGCGCUCUAAGGCUUGAGCAAGAAUCGGAUGAGGGCGAGCCUCAGGAGUUGGAAGUCGACGGCGGUCGCAGAGCAUCUGCAAUCCUCAGCCCGCUGAGCCCCGCAAGUACGACACAUACUGAAUACCUUUCUGCACCGUCCACACCAGCACCCCGUGAUUAAGUAUGGUACCACAUCGUGUUAUCUCCUUUCGACUCACAGCUAUCAUGAUCGCCACCAAUCUAGUCAUGACUGUGGCACCGCGUUGUACGCCUGCACGCACUCCACGUUCUUCUGUCCGCCGAUAAUUGAUGGACAUAAACGGUAUACUUUAGUCGAUGUUGUCUAGUCCGCCUGGGAAACGAUCGUGGUGGUUGAUGUUCUUCGUCGUCAUUCUGUAUAUUAUUGCGUGGGCGCAUAUCAUUGACCUCUUCCAUC